UAGCAACAAAAUGGAGUGAUGAACUCCGAACUGAACUAGUUCGUUUUCGGAACGGUCAACCGAAGUGAACUUGAGCAACGCUGCCCACUGUUCGGUGCAUGCGAGGUUGAGCAUUCUGGCCAAUGGCAUGCGCAGGAAAGAGGUCACGUGGUAGGCGCCGAGCACCCCUUUCCAACAACAACAAAUAACCGUCGUUGAGAGUUACAGAAAUCCUUGAAUUGUACUGAUUGUCGAGGCCUUUUCCUUCGUCCUGGUUGUUUUAAAUCAUCAUUCCGUUGAAAAAAAAUUCCAAAUCCUGAUUGUGAUUAGUUGAUUAAUUUGGGGUAUUUAUUAUUAUGAUUAUUAUGAUGAUUAUUUCUUUAUUACUUUUGUCAGUUUCAAGUAAUAUUCGUGAUCAUUUGGGGUUUUGCGUUCACGAACAGAACAGAAGCAACAGUUUGGGUCGCAUGCGUACUCUAUAUGUACAUGUAUACACACACACACACACACGUCACUGCGCUAGCAGAUGUUCGAGACCUUUAGCUUACGGUGGACGAUGCUCAAUAGGGUUUAGGUCUGGAGACGUGCUUUAGCGAGGCGGCAGUAAAUUUACAACGUUAUACAAGCUGACUAUUUACAUUGCAGCAAAGCAUAAUCCAAAUGUUUACAAAAAUGUGAUGAGGUGCUCACUUUCUCCUGUCUGCAUAAAACAAAAGAAAUCUCACACAUUUUUUCUGUGUGUGUGUUGGUCACAAAUGAAGGGUGGAGUGUGUGUGUGUGUGUGUGUGUGUGUGUGUCGAGAGGGUUGCCUUCCACUCCACUGCCUUGCGUCCGGCUUCUAGUCUGGAUCCUGUCCAGAUGGGAGGGAGUUGAGUUCCAGAGGAUUUCUCGGCGCAUGAGAGGGGGCAGAGGCAGAUUUGGGGAAGCGAUCGGUGGUCGACUGAGCUUUGCUGGUCUUCGCAAUGGACCGAGGCGAGGCUGGAGGUUCUCGUGCACCAGACGGCAUUUAUGGGUGUUUUUAAUGAAGGGGUGGGGGCGGAGGUGGGGGAUUUAGUUUUAGCAUGACGACCAAGGGCCCCCACGGACAUUUGGAGCCGAGCGCGGCGCGUCCCGUCCCGGCGGCCGGUCCCCACGACGCGACCAGGCGCGGCAACUCGGGCUUGCGGCGCCCGGAGAAGCCCCCCUACUCGUACAUCGCCCUGAUCGUCAUGGCCAUCCAGAGCUCGCCCAGCAAGCGGCUCACCCUGAGCGAGAUCUACCAGUUCCUGCAGGCGCGCUUCACCUUCUUCCGGGGCUCCUACCAGGGAUGGAAGAACUCGGUCAGACACAACCUGUCGCUCAACGAGUGCUUCAUCAAGCUGCCCAAGGGCCUCGGCAGACCCGGCAAGGGCCACUACUGGACCAUCGACCCGGGCAGCGAGUUCAUGUUCGAGGAGGGCUCCUUCCGACGCAGACCUCGCGGCUUCCGGAGGAAAUGCCAGACCUUCAAGCCCGUGUACCGGAUGAUGAACGGCAUCGGCUUUGACUUCCAGGCCGCGGCGGGCCCGUUCGUGUGUCACAACGGCUACAAUUUAGACUUCAACGCGAUGCCUCACGGGGGCUUCGAGGGGGUGCCCGGGGCCCACCACGUGUCCCCCGGGUCCGGCUCGUCGUACGCGGCCGCGACCCCCAACGCGGACUAUAUCUGCGGCCCGGACGGCGGCGGCGGCGGCGGCGGCGGCGGCGGCUGCCUGCAGCCCUCUCCGGCCGCGGUGGGCUCCCUCGACUGUCAAAGCCCGUACGGCAACGCGCCCCCCCACUGGAGCUCAUCCGCCGUAUCUCCGUAUCUGAAACCGCAGACUCUGGCGUCCGGCACCGGCACCGGCACCGGCACCGGCACCGGGAUGUCGUCUUACUCGCUGGAUCAAAGUUAUCUGCAUCAUAACGGACGAGAUCCUGCUGACAUCGCAGCUGGCCUGCCUCGGUACGCCAGCCACGCCGCUGCAGUGUGCGAGAGGAAGGAUUUGGUUUUCAGCCUCAACGGGAUGUCCGCUCUGCAUUCGGGCGCCGGAGCCCCUUAUUAUCAUCACCAUCCUCAUCCUCAUCCUCAGCUGCACCAUCAGCAGAGCGCCUAUCAGGACGUCAAGCCUUGUGUCAUGUAAAGACAAACAUUUGUUAGCGUAACACUAGCCUACUUUUUUUUUAA